AUGACGCCGUUCGGUAACGCCGCCGCCGACGGAUCACUACAAAUCUCGUACGUCACCGUAUUAGACGGCGGCACGUUCGGCACCGUUUACCUGGCGGUGUUGUCGGCCGGCGGCGGCAGGACGGCGCGUACUGUGGCCGUCAAGCGCAUUCGGUCGCCGGGCGGCGGCCAUCACGAACUGGACGUGCACAGACGGCUACGGCACCCGAACGUCGUCAGACUGCUGUUCCACUUUUAUUCCGGUAAUAACGAACAAAAUAAUAUGUAUGGGUCAGACGGCACGGGCGGCGGCGGCGGCGGCAGUCAGCUAAACUUGGUAAUGGAACUGGCGCCGACCAACUUGGACCGCGCGAUCCGGCGGUUGGCCGCAGUCGGUCGGACCGCGAGCACCGGCCACGGUAAGCUGUACGCGUACCAGAUAUUCAGGGGCUUGGGAUACGUGCAUUGGACGGCGGGGCUGUGCCACCGGGACGUGAAACCCAGCAACCUGUUGCUGUACCCGUCCACGGGCGUGCUCAAGCUGUGCGACUUCGGCAGCGCCAAGGACCUGUCCGACGGCCGGCCGAACGCUCGGUACGCCUGCUCCCGCCGCUAUCGGGCGCCCGAGCUGCUGUUCGAUCAACCGCCCGACGCGCCCGACUACACCGCCGCGGUGGACGUGUGGAGCGCCGGUUGUGUUUACGCCGAACUCAUGGCGGGCGUUCCCCUGUUCCUCGGGACGAGCGUCGAGCACCAGCGAGCGUUGGUCGCGCGUCCGCCGGAGUUCCCGAGAUGGGCACCGGCCGACGCUGUCCGGCUGGUAACGGCCACGCUCCGGUUUGACCCGGACGCCAGGCCGACUGCUCCGGAAGCGUGCGACCACGAGUGUUUCGACGCGAUCAGACGGCCGGGCGGCCAUCGGCUACCGCCGCUGUUCGACGACCACUACGACGACUACGUCGACGACGACGACGACGGCGGAUACGAUCGAGUCUGAAUAUAUCGCGAGGGCGAUAACGCACGCGGUUUGCGGCCGGAAACGUCUGAGAUGUUUCACUUUCACUAUCAACGGUGACCAUCAACCACGACCGGACAAACUGGAGCUUUGUCAGAUUGUUCACGAAAAGUCGCAAUUAAGGAUUCAAAUUACCGUGUAAA